GUGGUGCCCAAGCACGAAGCAGAGCGCAAGUGGUGCCGAAGGAAACCGGUGGUCCUCCGCCCGCCGCGCAGGAUCCCGUCCGUGUACGACGCGACGGUUCAGUCGCGGUCCCGUGUUCGGCGCACGAGUGCACCUUGCUCGGGACGGUAGCGGGAUCGUACGAGGGCGCCGGGUUUCCAGAUCGCGAGUAAGGAAGAUGGCUGAGGAACAGCCGAAGUACAAAUUGAUCUACUUCAAUGCACGAGGUCGUGCCGAGCAUAUUCGCUACAUAUUCGCCUACGCGGGCAUCGACUAUAUCGACGAAAGGAUCUCCAACGACCGCUGGCCUGAGCUUAAGAAGUCGAUGCCUUACGGGAUGCUGCCAGUUCUGGAGAUAGACGGCAAGCCGAUAGCGCAAAGCAACGCCGUGGCUCGUUACCUGGCCCGUGAGCACAAUCUCGCGGGCAAGGACGAAUGGGAAUCGAUGUUGUGCGAUGUGCUGGUCGAUACCUUGGGAGACUUGAAACAAUUUAUCUUUCAAUAUCGCACAGAGGAGGAUCACUUUAAGAAGGAGGAGAAGAAGGCGAAGCUUCUGAAGGAAACAAUACCGUUCUACCUGAAUAAGUUCGAGCAAACUGUUGCUGAGAAUGGUGGUUACGCAGUCGGUUCUACGACCACGUGGGCGGACUUCGUAUUCACCGUGGCGUUGGAGAACUUUGAGAACAUUUUCGGCGCGACUGCUUUAGAGAAUUAUCCGGCGUUACGUGGCUUGAAAAAACGGGUACAUGAAAUUUCAGCGAUCGCCGACUGGCUAUCACGGCGACCUCAUUCCGAGUUUUGAAAUGUCGAUUCAACGACGGAAACCGGAAGGCAACAUCGACGGCAUCAAAAACAAGUACAUAUCUGACACUUGCAGCUCACUAUCCUGUAUCGCUGUAACGGCGAUCGAUAUUAAUCGCGGCGUAAUACACGAUGCGCUUUGUGUCCAU